CUCACAGACAGGGAAUAAGCACAGACACACACACACAUAUAUAUAUAUAUCUUAUUAUACACGUGCAAACACAUCAUCAUCUUAAACCAAACACCCAGCAGUAUACUCAGCCAUUGCACACACUUCCAAACAGCAGAGAGAAAAUAACCUCGUCGAGAAAGCAAAGGAAAGAGAUACACAGCUCAGCUAAUAAACCAGAACCAGAAUGGAGGACAUAGUGGUCGCUGGGAUUGCAGGAAGACUCCCGGAGUCAGACAACUUGCAAGAAUUCUGGGAUAACCUGAUCAAUGGUGUUGAUAUGGUAACGGAAGAUGACAGACGAUGGAAGCCAGGAUUAUAUGGGCUCCCUCACAGAAAUGGAAAGCUGAAGGAGAUCAGCAAGUUUGAUGCAGCUUUCUUCGGUGUCCACCCCAAGCAAGCGCACACAAUGGAUCCCCAGCUUCGACUCAUCCUGGAGAUCGCGUACGAAGCUAUUGUGGAUGGAGGAAUAAACCCGUCUGCUAUGCGCGGCAGCAAUACUGGGGUGUGGAUUGGGGUGAGUGGCUCGGAGGCAGCAGAAGCCUUUAGCAGAGACCCAGAGGAGCUACUGGGCUACAGCAUGACUGGCUGUCAACGCGCCAUGUUCGCCAACAGACUCUCGUACUUCUUCGAUUUCAAAGGUCCAAGCUCUGCCAUUGACACUGCCUGCUCCUCCAGCCUGCUCGCUCUGGAGAACGCCUUUCAGGCCAUCCGACACGGUCAGUGCGACGCUGCCAUCGUGGGAGGAGUGAAUCUCCUGCUAAAACCCAACACAUCGGUGCAGUUCAUGAAGCUGGGCAUGCUCAGUCCUGAUGGAACCUGCAAGUCCUUUGAUGCUUCAGGUAAUGGAUACUGUCGAUCUGAAGCAGCUGUAGUCGUGCUGGUGACGAAGAGAUCGGCGGCCAAACGUGUUUAUGCUACAAUAGUCAACGCAGGAAGCAACACCGAUGGCUACAAGGAACAAGGUGUGACAUUCCCUUCUGGGGAAAUGCAGCAGAGGUUGCUAAAGGCAGUGUACGAUGAAGCAGGAAUUUCACCGACUGACGUGGAAUAUGUAGAAGCACAUGGUACUGGAACCAAGGUCGGUGACCCACAGGAAGUGAAUGGAAUUGUCAAUGUUUUCUGCCAAGGCAAGCGGCAGCCAUUGCUGAUCGGUUCGACUAAGUCCAACAUGGGUCACCCUGAACCUGCGUCAGGAUUGGCUGCCUUAGCGAAGGUUGUGCUAUCCCUGGAGCAUGGUGUAUGGGCUCCAAACAUUCACUACGACACUCCCAAUCCCGAUGUGUCAGCUCUGCAGGACGGCAGCAUCCGGGUGGUGACUGAGCCCAUCCCAGUAAAGGGCGGGAUCGUGGGAGUCAAUUCCUUUGGAUUCGGUGGUUCCAACGUCCACGUUAUCCUGCGCCCCAACGAGAAGCGGGCGCUCCCUGCCCAGGUCCCGGCCACCCCUCGGUUAGUCCAGGCGUGUGGCCGCACAGCGGAGGCCGUGGAGGCACUGAUUGAACAAAGCAAGCAGCACGAGGCGGACUCCAACUUCCUGAGCAUGCUCAACGACAUCUCGACCAUGCCGACCUCUGCCAUGCCCUACAGAGGCUACACGGUGGUGGGAAACGAACUGGACAUUAAAGAGGUGCAGCAAGUGCAGGCCUCCGGGAGGCCACUUUGGUACAUUUGCUCAGGUAUGGGAACUCAAUGGGUCGGAAUGGGUCGCAACCUGAUGAAACUGGGAAUAUUCCGCGACUCCAUUCUGCGUUCUGACAAGGCGCUGACAAAGACCAAACUGAAGGUCUCGGACCUCCUCAUGAGCACCGACGAGACCAUAUUUGAUGACACCGUGCACGCCUUUGUCGGCCUCGCUGCCAUCCAGAUUGCACAGAUAGACAUGUUGAAGGCAGUGGGUCUGAGUCCCGAUGGUAUAAUUGGGCACUCGGUGGGGGAGCUGGCCUGCGGCUAUGCUGAUGGCUCGUUGACUCACGAAGAAGCUGUUUCAGCAGCGUACUGGAGAGGACGAUGCAUCAAGGAAGCCAAGCUCCCACCUGGGGCAAUGGCUGCAGUUGGUCUGACGUGGCAGGAAUGCAAAGAACAGUGUCCAGAAGGAGUGGUCCCAGCUUGUCACAACGCAGAGGAUACAGUCACAAUCUCUGGGCCACAGGAAGCCGUGAGUAAGUUUGUGGUCAAACUGAAGGAGGAUGGAGUCUUCGCCAAGGAAGUCCGUACGGCUGGUGUGGCUUUCCACUCUUACUACAUGGCGUCCAUCGCACCAACCCUCUUGAAUGCCCUGAAGAAGGUUAUAACGGUUCCCAAGCUGCGUUCGCCCCGCUGGAUCAGCACGUCAAUCCCGGAGGCCAACUGGAACACUCACCUGGCUAAAUACUCCUCUGCCGAGUAUCACGUCAACAAUCUGGUCAGCCCAGUGCUCUUCCAGGAGGGUGUGCAACACAUUCCAGACAAUGCCGUCGUAAUCGAGAUUGCUCCUCAUGCCCUGCUUCAGGCUAUUCUGAAGAGGAGUCUCAAAGCUUCUAGUGUGAUCUUACCCCUGAUGAAGCGAGGACACAGUCACAACGCGGAGUAUUUCCUUACGCACAUCGGCAAAGCCUACGCGAGCGGAGUGAACCUGGACUCCAACAAAUUGCACCCUCCCGUGGAGUACCCCAUCCCAGCUGGAACCCCCUUAAUUUCACCCCAUAUCAUGUGGGACCACAGUCAGGUGUGGGACGUACCCAAGACAGAGGAUUUCCCAUGUGGUUCUGGGGGCUCGACGUCUACCACGGUGUUUAAUAUUGAUAUGAGCUCAGAAUCUCCUGACAGUUACAUGGUUGGCCAUUGUAUCGAUGGCAGAGUAUUGUACCCAGCAACUGGGUAUCUGGUUCUCGCUUGGCGAACACUGUUGCGAUUGACUGGCGCUGUUAUGGACCAGACAUCAGUGAUAUUUGAAGACGUUACCAUCUACAGGGCAACAAUCCUCCCUAAAACAGGUUCUGUGCAGCUCGAAGUCCGGCUGAUGCCUGCGUCGAAUCGAUUUGAGGUGUCUGAGAACGGAAACUUGGCUGUCAGUGGAAAAGUGUCUUUUCUGGAAGAAACGGCUCUCGAUAACUUCAGGAACCAGAUAAAGGCACGGCCGGAAAUCACAGAUACAGAUGCAAAGUUCCACCUGUCCUCGGGUGACAUUUAUAAGGAGCUGCGCUUGCGAGGAUAUGACUACGGAAAAACAUUCCAGGGAAUCCUCGAGUCCAAUAAUGCUGGAGACACGGGCAAGAUACUCUGGACUGGGAACUGGGUGACCUUCCUAGACACCAUGUUGCAGAUGAUUGUGGUCGGACUGUCAGGACGCAGUCUCAGGCUACCCACUCGUGUCCGCUCGGUGUGCAUCGACCCCCAACUUCAGGAAGAGAAGGUCCAGGAGUACAAGGAUGACAAAAAAGCUGUGGAUGUCGUGGUGGACAGGUGCCUGGACAGUAUAACAGCGGGAGGGGUGCAGAUCUGCGGCCUUCAUGCCACUGUAGCCCCCCGGCGUCAGCAGCAGCAGAGCCCACCCACGCUGGAGGAGUUCCACUUCAGCCCCUACGUUGAGACCGACUGUCUGAGCAGCAGUGAGAGGCUUCGCUCGUGCCUUGCCCACUGCAAAGGUUACGUACAGAAGCUCCAGGAGAAGCUGUCCCACCACGGGCUGAAGCUGUCCUUCUCGGGCCUUCCCGACGGCCUGACUGCCUCUGCCAGGGCUCCUGACUCCGAGCGAGGACUUCCACACAUGCUCGGUGUGCUCUGCAGUCUGGACCUGAAUGGGAACCUCUGGUCGGAGCUGCAGCAGACAGUGGAGAGGGAGAAGGUGUGCUUGCGAGAUGACGACUUGCUGAAUGCGUUACUUGACAGCCCAGCACUGAAAUCCUGUCUCGACACUUCUCUGGAGAAUCUCUCCAGCAGGAAGAUGAAGAUUGUAGAGGUCCUGACGGGUGACGGAAACUUAUUCUCUCGUGUCCUUCCGCUGCUGAACACUCAGCCGAUGCUCCAGAUGGAUUACAUUGCCACCGAUCGGAAUCCCGACCUGCUGGCAGACAGCCACAAACAGCUGGAAGACCUGGGCAUUUCCAUCAGCCAGUGGGACCCGGAGACACCUGCCACCCCAAACCUGGCCAAUACCGAUUUGGUCGUCUGGAACAAUUCCGCAUCCCUGAUCGAGGAUCCCAUGACUGCCGUUUCCAAUGUGGCCGCCACGGUGAAAGAGGGCGGCUUUGUGCUGCUGCACACUCUUCUGAAGGGAGAAACACUCGGGGAGACGAUUGCAUUCCUUACCGGCAAAGAUCCCAAGCAAUCGCAAGGGUUGCUAACGCAGACUGAAUGGGCCGAGGCAUUCAGCCAGAGCUCUCUGAACCUGGUCAGCAUGAAGAAGUCCUUCUACGGCUCAGUCGUACUUCUGGGUCGAAAACAGGCAGCGCAAAAAACACCCGUGUUCCUGCUUGUGGAUGGGGCAGAUUUCACUUGGGUUGAGCCACUGAAAGCUGAGUUAGCCGAGAUUUCGGACGAGCCGAUCUGGCUGAUGGUGACCAGCUGUGGGAAUUCAGGUGUGGUGGGAAUGGUGAACUGCCUUCGCCAGGAACCUGGUGGUCAUAGAAUAAGGUGUGUGUUUGUGUCGAACUUGAUCUCCUCCUCGCCCGUUCCGUCUCUGGAUCGCAAUGGAAAGGUGAUGAAAACCAUUCUCCGCAACGACCUGGUAAUGAACGUCUCCCGUGACGGUCACUGGGGAGCUUUCCGGCACUUUCUAUUGCAACAAGGUCAGAGUAAGGAACAGACAGAGUACGCCUAUGUGAAUGUGCUGACCCGCGGCGACCUCUCCUCUCUCUCUUGGAUUCUCUCGCCUCUGCAACACUUCCAGCCCAUCGAUCCCAACAUUCAGCUGUGCAAAGUGUACUACGCGUCUCUGAACUUCCGGGACAUCAUGCUGGCAACUGGGAAGCUGCCACCUGAUGCAAUCCCAGGUGAUGUAGCCCUGCAACAGUGCAUGUUGGGAAUGGAGUUUUCAGGGCGGGAUCCUGAUGAGCAGAGGGUGAUGGGGUUGCUCCCGGCCAAAGGACUGGCAACCUUCGUCGACUGUGACCGGCGGUUCUUGUGGGAAGUCCCGGAAACCUGGACCCUGGAGGAGGCUGCUUCAGUGCCGGUUGUCUAUUCCACCGCGUACUAUGCCUUAGUGGUGCGAGGGCGGAUGAAGAAGGGGGAGAGUGUGCUCAUCCACUCAGGGUCUGGAGGUGUUGGUCAGGCGGCUAUCGCCAUCGCCCUCAACAUGGGAUGCCGUGUCUUCGCUACCGUUGGUUCUGCAGAGAAACGAGCUUACCUACAGCAGCGAUUCCCACAGCUGAGAGAUGAUUCCUUUGCAAAUUCUCGAGACACUUCCUUCGAGCAGCACAUCCUACGUGUGACGGCUGGUAAAGGUGUGGAUCUGGUGCUGAAUUCAUUGGCUGAAGAGAAGCUGCAGGCCAGUCUGCGCUGCCUGGCCCGUCAUGGACGCUUCCUGGAGAUUGGCAAAUAUGACCUUUCCAACAACAACCCCCUGGGCAUGGCCCUCUUCCUGAAGAACAUAGCGUUCCACGGAAUCCUGCUCGAUGCCUUGUUUGAAGAAGGAAACCGGGAGUGGGAGGACGUGUCAGAGCUCCUGAAGAAUGGGAUAAACUCGGGUGUUGUCAAGCCCCUGAAGACCACGGUGUUCGAUCGAGACGAUGUGGAAGCUGCUUUCCGAUUUAUGGCUCAAGGCAAGCACAUCGGAAAGGUGGUCCUGAAGGUUCGGGAGGAGGAAGGUCGAUGUGGCACAGUGAGCUCCGAGCAGCUCUCCAUCGCUGCGCUCUCCCGCACCGCCUGCCCGGCUGCAAAGUCCUACAUCAUCACCGGCGGCCUGGGAGGCUUCGGCUUGGAGCUGGCACAGUGGCUGAUCGAGAGAGGGGCUCGGAAACUGGUGCUGACUUCCCGCUCUGGCAUUCGCACUGGUUACCAGGCCAAGCGAGUGCGUGAAUGGAAGGAGACGGGUGUUGAUGUGCUGAUUUCCACCAGUGACGUCGGUUCCUUGGAGGGAACUCGGCGUCUCAUCACCGAGGCCUCUGCACUUGGCACUGUGGGCGGCAUCUUCCACUUGGCUAUGGUUCUGAGGGAUGGCAUGUUGGAGAACCUGACUCCAGAGCUAUUCAAAGACGUCAGUCAGCCCAAAUACAGUGGGACGCUUCACUUGGACAAGGUCAGCAGGGAGAAGUGUCCAGCCCUCGACUAUUUUGUUGUUUUCUCGUCUGUGAGCUGUGGCCGUGGUAACGCUGGCCAGAGUAACUAUGGCUUUGCCAACUCCGCCAUGGAACGUGUGUGCGAGCAAAGAUGCCGCGAUGGAUUGGCAGGCCUAGCCAUACAAUGGGGUGCUAUCGGAGAUGUGGGCAUUGUCCUUGAAGCCAUGGGUAAUAAUGACACUGUAAUUGGCGGCACCCUACCCCAGAGGAUUAGCUCGUGUUUGGACGUCUUGGACCGGUUCCUAAACCAGGCUCACCCGGUCAUGUCCAGCUUUGUCCUCGCUGAGAAGACGAUCGUCAUGAAGACCGAUGGCAGUGGCCAGCGGGACCUUGUUGAGGCUGUCGCCCAUAUUCUCGGCGUACGUGACAUCAGCAGUUUGAACCCAGAUGCAACUCUUGCUGACCUGGGCCUUGAUUCCCUGAUGGGGGUGGAAGUGCGGCAGACACUGGAGAGAGACUAUGAUAUCGUCAUGGCCAUGAGAGAUAUCCGACUACUGACGAUCAAUAAAUUGCGUGAACUGUCAAACACAUCGGGCAAGGCGGAAGAAUCGAAGCCGUCACCUCUGAAGAACAGUGCCGACUCCGACCUGAAAGAUUUGGAUCUCAACAUUCUGCUCGUCAAUCCCGAAGCUCCAACCGUCACCCAGCUCAACAAUGUAGAGAGUAACGAGCGACCUCUCUUUUUAGUCCACCCUAUCGAGGGCUCAAUUGAAGCCUUCAAGGCCCUCACUUCCAGAGUCAGCGUUACUUGCUAUGGUCUGCAGUGUACACAAGCUGCCCCCCUGGACAGCAUUCAGAACCUGGCCUCCUACUACAUUGACUGCAUUAAACAGGUCCAGGCUGAGGGCCCCUAUAGAAUCGCAGGCUACUCCUUUGGUGCCUGUGUGGCUUUUGAGAUCUGCAGACAGCUCCAAGCGCAGGCAAAGAUUCCACGUCCUGUCGACUGCCUGUUCCUGUUUGAUGGCUCCCACUCGUACGUGGCUGCAUACACCCAGAGUUACAGAGCAAAACUGACCCCUGGAAAUGAGGGAGAAGCAGAAACUGAGGCGAUGUGUGCAUUUGUUCAGCAGUUCACAAACACAGAAUACAACAAGAUCUUGGAGAGAUUGCUGCCACUGAAGGACUUGCAAACGAGAGUUGAUGCAGUUGUUGAUAUGAUAACCACAAGCCAUAAAAGCAUCAACCGUGACACACUGAGCUUUGCUGCCACCUCCUUUUACUACAAACUCAAAGCAGCAGAUCAGUAUAUCCCUGCUUCCAAAUUCAAUGGCAACAUCACACUGCUGCGGGCCAAAACCAGCAGCGAGUAUGAAGUGGGUCUGGGUGGAGAUUACAGACUCUCUGAGGUUUGUGAUGGAAAGGUCUCGGUACACAUAAUUGAAGGAGAUCAUCGCACAUUCUUAAAAGGAGCAGGAGUGGAGUCAGUUGUCAGCAUCAUCCACAGCACCUUGGCGGAGCCACGGGUUGCCGCUCGCGAGGGCUGAGCCAGAGCAGUGAGGCAUUGUCAACAGCCGUGGUUCUGACACGUGCAAUAGACUGUACAGCUAUUGUCUUUUCACAAUGAAUAGAAUUGUUGCAAAACUGUAAUUUUUUUUUGUGUGGCUUACAAUUGUAGCUCAAAGGCAGUAAAUAUAGUGCUUGAUAGCGAAACUGGUGCAUAGAAGGACCAAAACACACAAGAAAAACUGACUGACCCAUUUCUGAGACGUUUAUUGUCUAUGAGGAAAUGGAAACCAAUGAUGUUUCAGUUUUUGUUUGUAAAGUUGAAUAGCUUGUAAACAAUAUUGUGACGCGGACUUUGCAAAUAGCAUGAUCCAUUCCUCUGUGUUUUUUAGAGCGAUUGAUUUUGUUUUCAUAAAAUGUUAUGUUUAUAUAAUUUUUUCCUUCUAUACUGUAAACUAUUUAUUUUUUGGUGUGUGCGUGGAAUUAAAAUAAAGGUGCAGUUCAUUUGGCAGUAAAAUGUUUGGCACUCUCCAUCCACUCAAACCUUGGAUCGUUGAGUUGCAGAUAUUGUUAUCAUUUAGAAAGGUCAGUGACCAAUUGCAACUGGGAUGAAUUGGUGGCUUGAAUGCGUUUUGAUCCCAUGCAUUUCCCUCUCCCUCCCAGCACGCUUGACUAAAGAUUUAUCAGUCAAUCAGGCUUACUGGAUGGUAAACCACACAACAUUGAAGCUGUCUGUCAGAGUGAAUAAAAACCUGGGGGAAUGAAAAAUGCUAUGUGCCAUCAUCGUGCACUGCCCACCACCAACUCCUCAGCACGUAAGAUUGGUGACAGUCUCGGCAAAGAUUCUUUUCCCACAGUUUAGACCCUCCGAAGCUGAUAGAGGGAAUCUGAUGGUGCGCAAUUUCUCAAAGGAGGGUGAAGCUGCCCAAACUGUUUCAUUAAAUAAAAUAACUAACAAGACCCAAACUUGCAUUGUAAGGGUAUUUAUUGCCUGCGUAGGUUAUUCAAGAGCAAUUGGCUGCCGCGUUUCGCCCACAAAAUAUACAGUCAAUUCACUUUACAGUAUAUUCUGUGAAGCGCUUAGAGACGACUCAAUGAUGUAAUACGUCACUAUAUCAAACGCAAGGAUUAUUAUAAGAGCAGCAACUGGCCUGUUUCUGUGGAGGUGGGAGGAAAACCUUACUUUCUCUCUAAUGUAAUUUUUUUAUAUAUCGAAGGUGCUUCCGAUGGAUGCAAAGUUUGAAAAAAUUGCAUUUUGAGCAGAAUUUCCCCCAAUAAACAGCAGAAUAAAUUGCAUAUGAAAAAAGAUUAUCCUAUUCAGCAUUUGAACUCGAUAUUCCCCAAUUGUUUUUUUUCCCCCCAAGAAUUACCAGACUCACAGAAUAAACUGUUGAAAGCAAAUGAUACGAAGUCCAGUGACAAGGAGGAACAUAAAGAUACAUUUGUGUGAGGUAUAUUGCCAGGAAAGAAUUUAUUUAACAAUGGAGAAAGCCCUCCCAACGUUGACAGAAGCAGGCCAAAUAAGUGAGGUGUUUGAAAUGUCAGUGGACAAUGUAGCUCAUUGAAUUCUUUUUCAUGUAUUUGUGAUGUGUCUAUGUUUUCCUUGGUUUUGUAAAAUGGCUACUCUGGACAGUAUUCAUGGCUUUUAUUUUAUGUUUUAAUAAAAAUCAAUAUCCGAAA